CGAAAGUACAUUUAACGGAUAUACGACAGUGACUGACAGUUCCGUAUGACUGAGAUUGAGGAAACAGUUCUAUUGAUAGAACACAGCACGAGCGACAUUGUGUUUGCAAAUUGGAUAAGAAUAGUGCAUAAAAAUCAGUUAUGUGUUUCCACAACGCGAUCUGCGAUUGUCAUUCAAUUUGUAAAAAAGAAUUGAAUCAAGAAUGGAGUAAUGUGUAAUGUUUUAAUAUUCACCGCAUGGAUUCGGUUAACUUAUCUGUAUUGUGAUUAACUUGUAAAAUUGAGUUAAUUUGGAAAUUACCACUGUCACUGUUUUAUACUGUCAAUUUCAUAUGUCAGCUAAAGUUUUAGGUGCACAAUGAUUAAUUCAAUAUAAGAAAUGGCAAAUCUUCCAGAAAGCAGCAAUAAUUUUGCUGGAACUAUUCAAAAUCUGCCUGAUUUUGUACAGAAAUUAACAGCUGAUUCAAUCACUCCCGGGAGGAUGUCCGUGCUAAAUGACAGUUACGGGACAAUUACAGGUGUUGGUGGUAGCCUGUCUGAAGGUCUGUCAAUGGCCUCAGGCAGUGGACUAAUGUUACCUGUCAGUGCAGUUCCUACACCAGUAUUGGAUACUGUCAAAAUUAAAAGUGAACCAUCUUUUGGUGAUGAUGUCAAAUCAAAGAUUAAAGUUGAAGAGAGUAGUAUUCAAGCUGCGGAUUCCAACAGUCCGAAACAACCAUUUGUACCUUGUAAAGUAUGCGGUGAUAGAGCAUCAGGAUACCACUAUGGUGUGACAUCAUGUGAAGGUUGCAAG